UCCGACACCACAGUCCGACGCUUAAAUGUGUCCCCUCCAGCCGGAAAAGCAGCUCCCCUCCUUCGAGUCCGUUUUUUAAGUUAUUACUUAUAAAAGUGUGACUUUUCUUCAGUGUGAAAGUGUGACUGGACACACGGAGUCCAUUUAAAACAACCACAACAGAAUGACAUCACCGUCUCCUCACAACCGCAGCAGGAGGAGCGACGACAAGGAUGAGGACGACCCGGUGGAGCUUAUGAUUUCUCGCACGGGCUGCGCCGAGCUGCAUUACGCCGUACAGGAGUGCAUGGCCGAGCGUCAGGACUGGCGGGCGUGUCAGAGCCACGUGCACGCCUUCAAAGCGUGCAUGCUGGACCACCAGAAGACACGCAUGGAAGAACUGAGGAAACGACGGAUGCCGACUGCAGAAACCACACCCAGCUGAGCACACCAACAACUUUGGAGAUGUGUUUGCUCUUUCGAUUUUGAUAGAUACUCUAUUCAUCUCCAGGGGAAAUUGACUUUCACAUUGACAUAUAUAGAGAGACUGUACCUAAUUGAAUGGUGUGUAACAAGAAUAAACAUGUACACCAUCCA